AUGUCAACGAAUCUGUACUCGAGAUUGUCUUGCGACCCAUCGUACAAAUUGGUGCAAUUGACCCCGGAACUCCUGGAAGCACUGACAAGCGAUGAACCGCAGCUACAAUUCAAAUGCUUCGACGAAAAAAGAUCCGAUGUGGUGUUGUGUUCUGCUAGGAGGACGUGGCUGCUCAGACAGAAGAACCAUUCAAAUACUGUGAUGCUAAUGCGUGAGUUUUUACCGGAAGACGAACAGACACAGGAAGACAGCUCAUUGUUUGGAAUUCCUCGCCCAAUAAACGACCUUUUAGGAUACUCCAGGACAACGUAUGAAUAUGAGACGCGUGCCACAGAGGGCAGAAUCAAUUUGGACUUGGUUCCGAUCUAUAACGGGGAGGUCAAUUUUCCUGGGGAGUCCAAGUUGAAGGGCCGGACGUUGAAAGAUGUGUUUGAUAACUCGCCGUCGUCUGAGACAGAGUGCAAAGUGCGAUGGUACCAAUUGGGUGGAUGUGUGGUCAAUGGAUGUCCAUGUAUCUUGUCUCCGGAUAUGCUGUCGAACGCGCUUCAUGUGACGCUGAUGAGUGCGUUGGCGGAAUCAUUAGAUUUCGAUAGAUUGCAUCCUUGUGAGACAUAUGAGGUGGUUCAGAAGGAUGUGGAAAAGGGCCGCAGUCCGUAUGUCCUGGAGGUCGUGAGGACUGUGCUGGCGAAGUUUGGCACGCCGAAUGACGACGAGACGUGGAAACUCAAUAGGCGACAGGUUGCCCAGUGGUACGGGGUAAGAGCGCUACAGAAGUUUGCAUCGAGGCAUAGCGUGCCGCUGGAAGAGUUUCUCAUCAAAUGGAAGUCGACGUUCCCGCCUUUUGCAGGCUUCGAUAUCGACAUCAAGAUGCUCAGAGGCUGGUUCUGUGAGCCAACCAGGGGCACCGUGCAAUAUGUAUCGAAGGACACGCUGCCGGUCGAUGUCAAGGAUAGGUUCAAGAUGCUCUUCAAGUUACAAUCUCAGUGGGAUCUGGAGGCUUUUGCGCCGUUCAUCGAAGACCUCAAUACAAAAGGCUUGAAAAUUGACACAUUCAUUAUGAAAUACGCUCGAAAGAGAAGGAUCGGCAAGAAAAUAGUCGUGUGUAGCAGGACGUCGUGA